GAAAGUUUGCGAAGGUCUGCGGGGGAAGCCCAGUCUCCGGAAGUGGCCGUUGUAAACACCGCCGUCUCCCCAGAGCUUGUCCCCUCCGGUCCCCCUUUGCUAUUCGUUCCCCCUUCCCGGGUCCUAGAGUCCGUCGGGUUCCAACAGUUUUUUGCUCUAAGCCCCCGCCUCGAUCGGCCUAGGCCUCUUUCUACCAUUGAGAUUUGGAGCUGCCCCUGGGGUCUUGGGUGUGCGGUCUGGACCACGGGAGCCCCCUGAGACUUCAGCCCACCUAACCUGUAAGCCACAGACAUCUCGGACGGUUUUAAUCAUCAGUAACGAAGUAUAUCAUUACGACACUGGGCCAUUUUGAAAGUUGGAACUUACCAUGAGCUUAAACACUUCAAGUAAUGCCCUUGGUGAUACCCAAAGGUUGAAGAAUGCCUCCUCUGAAGUAAAACAAAUGUUUAAAAGUGAAACAGACUUGGAUCUUACUGCUGAUCUCAGAAAAAAACUUCAUCGGGCUAAGAAAGAAAAAUUAGAAAUAACAACUAAGCACAAUGCAGAGCUGGCAAGCUAUGAGAGCCAGAUUGCCAAGCUGCGAUCCGAGGUUGAAAAAGGAGAGGCAUUGCGACAAAGUCUGGAAUAUGACCUGGCUGUGGCUAGAAAGGAAGCUGGUCUCGGAAGACGGGCUGCUGAAGAAAGGUUAGCUGAGGCACAGAGGAUCCAAGAAAAACUCUGUGCUCAGAAUGCAGAACUUCAAGGAAAGGCAAGUGAGAUCGAGAAGGCAUUCCAGACUUCCCAGCUGAACUGGAAAGAAGAAUGCAGAAGAUUUGAACGUGACUUGGAGGAAAGAGACAAUAUAAUUCAAAAUUGCAAUCAAGAACAUGAUUUACUUAUGAAAGAAAAAAGCAGACUAGAGAAAACUCUACAGGAAGCGUUGGAAAAACAUCAGCAGGAGAAGAAUGAGAUGGAGUCUCAUAUCAGGGAGACAGCAUUGGACGAGUUUAGAUUACAAGCAGAACAAUGGGAAGCAGAAAGAAGAGAGUUACAAUUUAUAGUACAGGAGCAAGAUAAUGCUGUACAAAAUAUGCACAAGAAGGUAGAGAAAUUAGAAGCUGAACACAUGGACUGCUCUGACCUUUUACGGCGACAAACGAGUGAGCUUGAAUUUAGCACCCAACGAGAAGAACGUCUUAGAAAAGAGUUUGAGGCAACUACUCUAAGAGUGAGGAAAUUAGAAGAAAAUAUUGAAGCAGAAAGAGCAGCACAUUUGGAAUCAAAAUUUAAUGCUGAAAUUAUCCAGUUACGAAUUCGAGACCUUGAAGGAGCUUUACAGGUAGAAAAGGCCAGCCAAGCAGAAGCUGUUGCUGACUUGGAAAUGAUCAAGAAUGAAUUCAAAGAAGUUGAAAGUGCAUAUGAGCGAGAAAAGCAUAACGCACAAGAGAGCUUUACAAAAUUAAAUUUAUUAGAAAGAGAGUAUUUCUCCAAAACCAAGAAACUAAAUGAAGAGAUCGAGGAACAGAAGAAAGUAAUUAUAGACCUUUCAAAGAGACUCCAGUAUAAUGAAAAAAGUUGCAGUGAAUUACAGGAAGAACUUGUAAUGGCUAAGAAGCACCAGGCCUUUCUAGUAGAGACAUGUGAAAAUAACGUGAAAGAAUUGGAAUCGAUCUUGGACAGCUUUACUGUGUCGGGCCAGUGGACAUCAGGCAUCCACAAGGACAAAGAUAAACCUCCCAGCUUCUCUGUUGUCCUUGAGACUUUGAGGCGUACCUUGACAGAUUACCAGAACAAGCUGGAAGACGCGUCUAAUGAGCUCAACAGCGUGAAUGAUGCUAAGGAAAAAGCAGCGAAUGAACUCAGUUCUACCCAACAGAAGAUAGAAUCUCACACUAAAAAUAUUAAGGACCUUCAGGACAAACUGGCUGAUGUCAGUAAAGAGUUAAGUCAUUUACGCACUAAAUGUGCAGACAGAGAGGCUCUCAUAAGCACUCUGAAAGCGGAACUACAAAAUGUGCUGCACCGUUGGGAGAAAGAAAAGGCUCGCGCGGCCCAGUCGGAGAGUGAACUCCAGAAGCUUUCCCAGGCUUUCCAGAAGGAUGCCGAGGAGAAGCUAACCUUUCUUCAUACCUUGUAUCAGCACUUGAUCGCGGGCUAUGCGCUCAUAAAACAACCAGAAGGCAUGCUGGAUAAAUUCUCGUGGUCCGAGCUCUGCGCAGUCUUGCAGGAGAAUGUUGAUGCCCUGAUCUCAGACCUCACCAGGGCUAAUGAGAAGAUAAGUCAUCUGGAGUAUAUCUGUAAAAACAAGUCUGAUACAAUGAGGGAGCUUCAGCAGACCCAGGAAGACACUUUCAACAAAGUGGCAGAGCAGAUCAAAGCCCAAGAGAGCUGCUGGCACAAACAAAAGAAGGAACUGGAAUUGCAGUACUCGGAGCUCCUCUCGGAGGUGCAGAUGAGGGCACAGAAAUUUCAAGAAAUUGCUGAAAAAAAUAUGGAAAAGUUGAACCGUAUUGAGAAGUCACAUGAACAGUUGGUUCUGGAAAAUUCACGCUUCAAAAGUGCCUUAUCACAGACUCAGAGGGAACAAACAUCAUUGCUGGCAGCCUGUGCGCUGAUGGCUGGUGCCUUAUAUCCUCUCUACAGCCGGUCAUGUGCCUUAUCUACGCAGAGAGAUUUUCUUCAGGAGCAAGUCAACACCUUUGAGUUGUUUAAACUGGAAGUUAGAACUCUGGCCCAGGCUUUGUCAACUGUAGAGGAAAAGAAGCAAGAGGAAGCGAAGCUGAAGAAAAAGCCAUUCAGAGGACUGAUACGUGUUUUCCGGAAAGGUGUGAUUGUAAUUCUGGCAGCAAAUAGGCUUAAGAUUUUGGGCCAAUCGUGUGCCUCUCUUUUUACCUGGAUGGAAAGCUUCAAAGAAGGCAUAGGCAUGUUAGUGUGUACGGGAGAGCCCAAAGACAAGCAAAAAUUUCCAAGGCAACAGAAGGAGCAGUUACGUUGUUUGCAAGCGCUCAGUUGGCUAACCAGUUCCGACCUUCUGGCUGCAGUCAUCACUUCUAUGGCCGAGUUACAGGAAGUCAUUGGUAAAACAGAUCCAAAUUCCAGAAUUUGUGGACAUUUACUCAUAGGUGCAGCCAAAAAUUCCUUUGCAAAACUCAUGGAUAAAAUUAGUCUUGCCAUGGAGAGUAUACCGUUGCAUAGUAGCAGGAGUAUUACAUAUGUAGAAAAGGAUUCUCUGGUUCAGAGGCUGGCUCGUGGACUUCAUAAAGUAAAUACACUGGCCCUGAAGUAUGGUCUACGUGGUCAUGUGCCCAUUUUGAAAAGCACAGCAUCAUUACAGAAGCAGAUAUUUGGAUUUACACAAAGAUUGCACGCGGCAGAAGUGGAGCGCCGUUCACUGCGCUUGGAGGUCACAGAAUUCAAACGAAAUGUGAAUGAAAUGAAGAAGGAGCUUGACAAAGCACAGGGUCUCCAACUGCAAUUAAAUGAAUUUAAGCAGUCGAAAUUGAUCACCCACGAAAAGUUUGAAAGUGCGUGUGAAGAACUGAAUAACGCAUUACUUCGGGAACAACAGGCACAAAUGCUACUGAAUGAACAGGCACAGCAACUCCAGGAGUUGAAUUAUAGGCUUGAAUUGCAUUCCAGUGAGGAGGCUGACAAGAACCAAACUCUAGGAGAAGCUGUUAAGAGUCUCUCCGAGGCAAAGAUGGAGCUGAGAAGAAAAGAUCAAUCUCUGCGUCAGCUCAAUAGACAUCUUACCCAGCUGGAGCAGGACAAGCAUCGGCUGGAGGAGAACAUCCACGAUGCAGAGAGUGCCCUCCGCAUGGCAGCCAAGGACAAAGAAUGUGUUGCUAACCAUAUGCGAACAGUAGAAAAUAUGCUUCAUAAGGUCAGAGAUCAGAUCUCGCUGUCACGGACUGCGGCAAGUAGGAAUGACUUCACCCUGCAGCUACCCAAACUGCACCUGGAGACCUUUGCAAUGGAGGGGCUCAAGGGCGGGCCAGAGGUUGUAGCGUGCCAGGCUAUGAUUCAAAGUUUCAUGGAUGUCUACCAGCUAGCAAGCACUAGAAUUGCUACAUUAGAGAAGGAGAUGACAUCUCAUCGAAGUCACAUUGCAACGUUGAAAUCAGAACUUCACACAGCUUGUUUACGUGAAAAUGAAAGUUUACAAUCAACAGGAUCACGAGACCACUCAAAUCUCUCCGUUCCUUCAAGAGCUGCCCUUCCUGCUGACACAGUCGGUGUGGGUGAGUUUUUGCCUUUGAAGGCGGAACUGGAUACAACUUACACUUUCUUAAAGGAGACCUUUGUAAGUCCUCUGACGUCAUCUCUCUCCUCUCCAGUGACGAUGUCUGCUAAUGCCAAAAGACCAACUCCGAUCGGAUAAUGACUUUAUGAAAUAAAAAAAAUGCGGGAAGAGUUAACAGUAUAAUUAAAAUUGUUUUGAAGGGGGAUUUUCUUAUCAGUUGACUUUUGUUUCAGCAACAGUGGCAGUGGAUUGUUUAAAAAUCGUGUGUGAUCUCCAUGUGUGCAGGUACCUCUACCUCCUUGAAUAAUGGAAUAACCAACUUUUCCCCCCUCUAAGUUUUAUUUAUUAUCACAGUUGCUCAUUUUUAUGUAACAUAUUUUUAAAUGUUAAAGAAUGACACAUUUUGGGUAAUUUCCUUCAGACUUAAAAAAAUCAAUAAGCCAUUUUAGUCUCUAUCUAUCAAAGUUGUUUCAUACUUGUCUAUUUUAAAGCAGGACUGCAAUACUUUAAUAGGAUUGAAAGAGCUAUUUGAAAUGUAUGCCAAUGAUUCCUGUCAUUUCAUGGCAGCCCUGCUAUGGUUCACUGAGCCCCCUCUUCUCUCUUGUCAGCUCGACUGAAGACAAGCAUUUAGUUGCAAACUUUAAGCAGGUUGUGCAAAACAGAAAUGAUGUGACUGCUUCCCCUCCUGCACAAUAAUGUCACUCCUGGUCAAUGUGAGAAGGUCAGGCUGCUCCUUGUAAAGCUACAUGAUACCACUUGCCCAUUUGAACAAGUUAAGUUAACUGCCGAAUCUGGUCCCUGCAGGCAUUGAAAACCCAUCCUUUUAUCAGGUCUGCAUUUGAUCAGGAGGUAGAGCAAUUGUGCCGGCAGGAUUUGUGUGGCAUGGUUAGGCACUUCGUAAGGACCGUUUCCCACACCGGGAGAUCAGGUGAUGCUAAAUGGUAUGAGCUGAAAAACUUCCAGGUAAUGGCUGUUCUGACCUUCAAACUAGCCUCCUGGUUUUUUUGUUUGUUUGUUUUUUUUGUUUUGGUGGUUGGUAGGACCCAAGAGUGACUCCCAUCUUUGAUGCUGACAGAAUUUAAAACAAGGCCAUUGCCCUGCGUUUUCUGCCUUGUAGCACACAAAAGUAAAAUUGUAUGUCAGGCCGAGAUGUCGGGGAGCUGACAAGAUGCCCCAGUGACAUUUCAGCUAGAAAGAGCAAGUGUCUUGCAACCAAGUGGUCAAAUAUCAAAUAAUAGGUCAAGCAGGAAGGAGCUGAGUUCUAACCACAAAGAGGUUUCUGGUAACUUACUUGACAAGCUUUUGGGCGCUUUGUGGCUUGACAAAGUGAUGUUCUGUUGGGUAUCGCUAGACAGACUGUUCUUUAUCGCCUUCAGAAGAUCAGACAUUGACAUUGAUUAAACUCUUUAACCCUUAAAGGUUAAAUCCUUGCAGUUUGCAUCAUGGUAAGUGAAGAACAAAGAAAUAUCUGUAAUAUGUAUUUGCCUUUGUAUUAAUCUUUUAACUCCCCGGUGCUAUUAACUUCUGAUGUGAACUGUACUUUUUGACGGAGUUUUGAUACAAAAUCCAUAUUUUAUAUUAUUUUUCAUGAUGGAGUUUUUCAUUAUGGAUACAUUAGAAAGUAACAGAAUGUAUUAUGGAAUCUAUAUUGUCUUCUCUUAACAGUGACACUUGAUUCAAAUACAACCAACUUCUGAGGGUUCUUUUUAUUGGCCUUGGUAAAUAAAGUGUGUAUACUAACUAUUUAUGUGACGAGCCAAAUUAGCCAAGUGAUUUCUGCCUUCCCAGGUAACACUAUUACUGUCGUACGGCGUAGCACAGUCCUAUUUCCUACAGUACGGAGCCAGCAUAACUAGCUUUAGAUAAGUCUUUAGAAAGCCGUUUAUGUGAAGUAAAAUGACAUCUUUAACCAAAUUUCUCUUAAUUCUUUCCCUGGACUUAUUUUUAUUAGCCACGCUGGGCUUUGAGCAUUACAGAGUGUGCCCUGUGGAAUGUGACAUGCAUGAAAUUCAACUGGCGAAUUUAUUGUAACACAGAAAAUGUUAUGGGUUGUUUUUAUAUAGAUCAUAGAAUAAUUUCUGUGCAUUUCAAAAACACUCUCUUCUGCUGUCCCAUAUGAUUCAGACCAUGUCUGUAUAGAAAUUGAUACACAGCUUUUUAGUUCAUGGGACAUCACCGAGUUUCCAAUUCCCACACUACAGAAAAACCGUGUUGCCCUUUAUCACUUAUGUGUCUGUGUGCACAUAGGUUUGUGUUGAAUCUAUUUCCCGACUUUACUAAUUUAAGAGGAACGAGCACCUAUGUUAACUUAGCCUUAGAUAGUCCUUGGUUUUCUUGCCUUAAUUUUGCAAUCUGUUAAUGGG